ACAGAGCAACUUAAGCUCUUGAGACGGGAUUGUUCUAAACCUUUAAUAUCCUGUUUUGUUUGUCUAUUCAGAUAACAAAGCUUAAAGGAUCGUUUUGGUUAAGUGAAUAAGAGCACGUGUUGCCAUGAGCCGCUGGCACUGGGACUCCAGCCCGCUGGUCGGGCACAGAGCUCUAAGCAGGAGAGGAGCGGAGAUGUCGGUAGAAGACGAGGUGAUCAGCCGCAUCCUGGGCUCCUGGAGUCCGUCCAGCAUGGUGCCAGAGCCCCACGCCCCGGUGAAGCCGGCUAUGCGCUGCGAGGCGAGCAGGCUGCGGACAUUCAGCAUGUGGCCCGGACCCAGCACCCUGUGCCACCAUGACCUGGCCAGGGCCGGCUUCUUCUACCUGGGACCCGGGGAUCGGGUGCAAUGCUUCUGCUGCGGCGGGGUGCUGAGGUGCUGGGAGCCUGGAGAUGAGCCCCUGGCCGAGCAUCACAAGUUCUUCCCCUCAUGUCCCUUCGUGCUGGGCAGAGAUGUGGGUAACGUCCCCCGGCUGGCGGGCACAGACUCUGUGGACGGGCAAAUCCUGGGGCAACUGCACAGGUUACCCGGGGAGGAGGAAGAGGAGUCCUGGCAGGCCAUCUACCCUGAUAUGGUGGAGGAGCGGGAGAGACUGGCCACUUACCGCACAUGGCCCCAAUAUGCCGAGGUGACCCCUGACCUGCUGGCCCGGGCAGGCUUCUUCUACACCGGGAAUCGGGAUAAUGUGAAGUGUUUUCACUGUGACGGAGGACUGAGAAAUUGGGAGAGGGGGGAUGACCCCUGGAGGGAGCAUGCCAAGUGGUUCCCAAGGUGUGAAUUCCUCAUUCAGUCCAUGGGGCCGGCAUACAUCCGCAGCGUACAAGACUCUAUGUUUAGUAGCUCAGAAAGUACACCUGAAUCUCGAAGGUCCUCUGACAGGAGCACCCCCAUUGAUUCUCCCGGUGAAUGGCAUGCCUUCCUUCAGUCACCCAUAGCACAGUGUGCCCUGCAGAUGGGGUUUGAUGAAAACUUGGUGGCCGGUCUGGUGCAGAGCAGGUUCCUGCUGGUUGGGGUCCCUUACAACUCCGUGUCUGACCUUGUCCAUGAUAUAGUGCAGGCAGAAGAGGAAGGAGCGGCAUAUAUUGCAGAAUCUGUGAUAACUCCAGAAGCUCCAGUACCAAGGACUAAGUUCAGAACUGCGACCUUCAAAAAGAACCAGGAAAAGUCUGCUCUCAGCACAGAAGAGCAGCUCCGACGCCUGAAGGAGGAGCGCAUGUGUAAAGUCUGCAUGGAUAGAGAUGUCUCAAUGGUCUUCGUGCCAUGUGGCCACCUGGUUGUCUGUAAGGACUGUGCCCCUAAUCUUAGACACUGUCCUAUCUGCAGGGCAACAAUCAGAGGCAGUGUGAGGGCAUUUAUGUCUUAGUGUUUCUGGCAGGUGAUCUAGGACACUUGGCUGUUGCUGACUUGUUGCUUGUGACUGCAAGUAAUGAUCAUCUGGCCUGAUCACUACUACACUGACAUCUGGACAAUGGGCUGUUCUAAGUGUGCAGUCUCUGCACUUAAAGACUCUGGUCUAUACUUACCAACUAUUAACAUUACAAAAAAAUAUCCAAAAAUGUUCUAAAGAAAGUUGAACUUGAAGUGGAAUAAAGAAUUUAAUAUUAAUAUAUAUAAUCCUGUGGAAUGUUUUUGCAAUAAAGUAUUGUGUUUUACAAUA